AUGCCUAUAACUGUCACUCCUCUUGGAGCAGGUCAGGAUGUUGGCAGAUCAUGUAUAUUGGUUAGAAUUUAUGAAAAGGUAGUGAUGCUGGACUGUGGAAUGCACAUGGGAUAUAAGGAUGAUCGAAGGUAUCCUGACUUUACUCUAAUUAGUUCUUCUCUGGACCCCGUAGUAAUAAAUAGUUUGGUUGAUGUAGUAGUAAUAUCCCACUAUCAUCUUGAUCACUGUGGUGCUUUGCCAUACUUUACUGAAAAAAUUGGUUAUUCCGGCCCAAUAAUAAUGACUUAUCCAACAAAAGCUGUUUCACCUAUCCUACUUGCAGACUGCUGCAAAGUUAUGGAACAAAAGAAUAUAUUGAGUAAAUUUGGUUCAGAUAUAAAUACAGAAUCAACUGAUAUCUUAAAGCCAGUAGAUCCACAGCACUUUAGUGUAGGUGAUGUUUGGAAGUGCAUGGAAAAAGUGACAGCCAUUCAACUACACCAAACUAUAUCUGUUAAUGGAAUAAAUAUUACACCUUAUUAUGCUGGUCAUGUUCUAGGGGCUUCUAUGUUUCAUGUUGAAGUUGGCAAUGAAAGUAUUGUAUAUACAGGUGAUUACAAUAUGGUCAGAGAUAGGCACUUGGGGCCUGCUUCUAUAAAGAAGCUUUUCCCCGAUGUGCUAUUGUCUGAAAGCACCUAUGCUACAUACAUAAGGCCUUCAAGACGCUCAACAGAACGGAUUUUUUGUGAAAUGGUACUUCAAUGCCUAGAAAAAGGUGGGAAGGUGCUUAUACCAGUCUUUGCUGUUGGUAGGGCACAAGAGCUUUGUAUUCUACUUGAAUUUUUUUGGAGGAGAAUGCAAUUACGAUAUCCUAUAUAUUUUGGUGGUGCUAUGACGGAGAAGUCAAGUUUAUACUACCAACUUUAUACUAAUUGGACGAAUACAGCUUUAUCAGAUGAUUUAUUCUCUUUCCCUCACGUUUUACCUUAUGAUAGGUCUGUACUUACAAAUACUGGUCCAGCAGUACUAUUUGCUACUCCAGGUAUGCUUCAUGCUGGAUUAUCUUUACAAGCUUUCAAGUGCUGGGCACCUGAUCCUAAUAAUCUAACAAUUAUUCCUGGUUUCUGUGUUGCAGGAACUUUAGGAGCACGAAUUAUUGCAGGUGCAAAACGCAUUAUAUUGGAUCCAAAAGAUCCGUCAAGCUCAAUUGAUAUCAGAUGUGAUGUUAAAUAUUUGAGCUUCUCUUCACAUGCUGAUUCUAUUGGGAUCCAAUCUUUAAUACAACAUAUUGAACCAGAUAAUAUUGUAUUUUUACAUGGUGAAAGACAAGGUAUGCUUAGUAUGGCUAGUUUUGUACAAGAGCAGUUUCAAAUACCAACUUUCUGUCCUCACAAUGGGUCAACCGUAAGCAUCCCAAUUGAUAAUUUGAAUAUUUCGAAAUGUUUGCUUUCCUCAACAGUCCUCAACUCAUGGAUAUUACAUAAACUAGAUAACCUAUUGUCUCAUACUAGUUUAAAGAGUCAGAUUAAUGAAAUAUGUCAUUUGUAUUCUCAAAGAAUAGAACUUGCACAUAACAAGCUUUUCCUCAAUUCUUAUGAGGAUCCAUCAAACGAUUGGUUCUGCACAAACAAAUAUGAGGUACUAAUUGUACUAUUAUUGCAUUACUAUUUGAAUUUUUGUCAAUUGGAUUCUUCACCAAUAAACUGCAUUAUAAAUUUAUUAACAAAUCUUGAUAGAAAUAUUAUACUAAUCAGCACAGAGAAUGAGGUUUUGAAUAUAAUUAGAAACAAAACAAGUGAAGUCGAAUUCAUUUGCUGCCCCAGUACUGAUUAUAAAACAAGACGGUUCACUUUUCCUUGCAAAAAUAAAAAAAUCUCCCCAAAAUUUUGGGAUUCUAAAGCAAGUAAAAAUCAUUACAAUCUACCUCUCUAUAUUUUAUCAUAUUCAAUAAAAAUUCAAGAUCUUCCCUUAUCAGCACUUUUAUGUGCGCUAAAUGGGAUGAAAGAAAUUUCGCUAAGAACUCAUAAAAAGUGUUGCUCAUGUUUCAAAGAUAUUAUAUCAAGUAAAUUAAAUGAAGACAUUGAGUAUAGUUUGAUUAAAAUAAGAGAAAGUGUAACUGAAUCGUUUUGUGGUAAUAGCUGUUGCUAUCAUAAUUUGAUCUUUAUUGAGCUAAAAGAAACUGCAACUCUUGAGAUCAUGUACAAGAGCAUGAGAGUCAUUGCUAAGAUCCCAGAUUCCGGUUUAAAUGUGGAUCUAUUCUCCAAUAUAUUGGAAGGGAAAUCUAAUAGUUCAUCUACACAGAAUAUUAAUAAUAUUCUUGUUACAGAAAUUGACAUCAAGUGGUCAUAUAUCGAUGAAACAGAUGAUAUUAUUAAAUCAUUUGUAGAAAUUAUAGAAGAAAGCCUUGCUUUGUAG